CUCAUUUUGAACGAAAAUAGUUGUAUACAAACACGCUUACAAUUUUAUAUAUAUACACGGCAAACACUGUGAUUUGUGAAGAUACUACCAUAAUCAAAUUCCCCUAUACAUUGUGAAUAUACAGUUGCAGUCAGGUAGAUUACUGAAUUGGAUUGAAUUUAAAAGCUCUUGGAAGAUAUAGAAAUCAAUGGCGGCGGCUGGGAAGGUGUCGAAUGGCCCCCACGAAGAAGAGGAGCUGACCGGAGGUAUCGACGGGCCGACCAAUCCAAUGGUAACUCCUCUGUUAACUGAUCUUUAUCAGUUCACCAUGGCGUAUGCUUACUGGAAAGCUGGCAAACACGAAGAACGCGCAGUGAAUUGGUAUGCGAGCUUUCUUGGAACUAUAGCUGAGAUACACGGUAAUGUUUUGACGAAGGUGUUGCUUUGUCAUAAGGUGGCAGGAAAUGAAAAGAAAGCUUCGUUUGUUGUCUUUGUUCAUGUACAACUGUACAAUCUCAUAGCUACUACCUUAUGGCAGUUUGAUCUGUAUUUCCGGAGGAACCCCUUUGGCGGGGAGUUUACAGUUUUUGCUGGUCUAGAAGAGUGUAUCAGGUUAAUUGCUAAUUUUAGAUUUACAGAGGAUGAGAUUGAGUUUAUCCAAGCCUCCUUACCUCCCUCAUGCGAGAUUGGUUUCUUUGACUACCUUCGUGGAAUUGACUGCUCUGAUGUGGAGAUACAUGCCAUUUCUGAAGGAUAUGUUGUAUUCCCAAAAAUACCAUUGAUGAGGAUUGAAGGACCAGUAGCUGUGGUUCAAUUGCUUGAAACGCCACUCGUCAACCUUAUAAAUUAUGCAUCCCUGGUUGCUACAAAUGCUGCAAGGCAUCGCUUUGUUGCUGGAAAGUCCAAAUUACUUCUUGAAUUUGGGUUGCGGCGGGCACAGGGACCUGAUGGGGGUAUUGGAGCAUCAAAGUAUUGCUAUAUGGGUGGAUUCGAUGCUACAAGCAAUGUUGCCGCUGGAAAAAUAUUUGGAAUACCACUUCGUGGGACACAUUCACAUGCCUUUGUCAGCUCAUUUAUGAGCCCUGAUGAGAUCACUGAGAAGUCACUCAAAAGUUCUGAUAGCACAAAAGUAUGUGCGGACUUUAUCAAUCUAGUGCAGGCAUGGUUAAGCAAAUUAAAGAAUUCAAAUUGUCCACCUCUUCAGAGGUCACAGUUGAAGGGAAUUUUCGGUGAAACAAACCCAAGUGAAUUAGCUGCCUUCAUCUCAUAUGCCCUUGCCUUUCCAAAGAACUUUUUGGCUCUCGUCGACACAUAUGAUGUUAUGAGAAGCGGUGUUCCUAAUUUCUGUGCAGUUGCCUUAGCUCUAAAUGAUUUAGGUUAUAAGGCAAUAGGUAUCAGGUUGGACUCUGGUGAUCUUGCAUACCUGUCAUGUGAGAGUCGAAAGUUCUUUCAGGCAAUUGAGAAGGAAUUUGGAGUGCCAGAUUUUGGGAAGACAUGUAUUACAGCAAGCAAUGAUCUCAAUGAAGAAACUUUGGAUGCUUUAAACAAACAGGGCCAUGAAGUCGAUGCAUUUGGAAUUGGAACACAUUUGGUUACAUGCUAUGCUCAACCUGCACUAGGUGUAGUCUUCAAAUUGGUUGAAAUAAACAGUCAACCUCGGAUAAAGCUUUCUGAAGAUGUUUCAAAGGUCUCCAUUCCAUGCAAAAAAAGAUGCUACAGAUUAUAUGGGAAGGAAGGUUACCCUCUUGUUGAUAUUAUGACAGGAGAAAACGAACCAUCGCCAAAGGUAGGUGAGAGAAUAUUAUGUCGCCAUCCUUUUAAUGAAUCCAAGAGAGCAUAUGUGGUCCCACAGCAUGUAGAGGAGCUUCUCAAGUGUUUUUGGCCUGGCAGAUCAGGUAAAAGCAGAGAAGAACUGCCACCAAUUAAGCUGAUCAGAGAACGGUGCAUUAACCAACUGGGUCAGAUGAGACCUGAUCACAUGAGGAGGUUGAACCCAACACCAUACAAGGUUAGCGUAAGUGCCAAACUAUACGAUUUCAUACAUUUUCUGUGGCUUAACGAAGCACCUGUAGGGGAAUUGCAGUGAGCCCAACACAUACUUAUGGCACCCCUCGGUAUUAUGACCAACAGGACAACUGCAGAUAACCAAAUAGCAUACUAUCCUUUACUCCAGAAUAGCACUUGUUAAAAUCUUGUUUGUUUUCUUAUAACAGGGAUAGUUGUAAGUUGUAACUCUACCUUUCCUUAAAUUCAUCUAUGUGGUGAUCAAUAACAACCCUUAUUCAGGCGAAAAUGAAGAAACGAGCCUAAUCAUAGACUACUUACAAAAAAAAAAUAUAAUGCAAAUAUUUGUUAACUGUGCUCAUGAAGAUACAUGGGCACCAAGUUUACAUGGUAGAUAGCGAAAUACAACAGCUCCAUCUAUAUAGUACACUCAAUGUUGACAUAAGCACUAUAAAAUAAAUAUCAGUCUGUUUACUAUACAAUUUUAGAACAGUGCUCUUAAAUUGAUCUCAAAGUUAAACCAA